UGAACGCUGUUGCGCAUGCGCGGUCGGCUGUUUCCCCUCACAGCCGCUCUCUCCAUGUAAACUCCAGAAGUUUAGUGUGAGGACCGAGACUGAGGCGCGAGCUCACGGCUGGAGUCAGGUGUAUAAACGGUUCACAGCAUGCUGGCCACGGGAGCGGCGGUGAGCACGGCGAUGGCGCAGGUGGAUCGGGAGAAGAUUUACCAGUGGAUCAACGAGCUGUCGAGUCCGGAGACCCGCGAGAACGCCCUGCUCGAGCUCAGCAAGAAGCGCGAGUCCGUGGCCGACCUGGCCCCCAUGCUCUGGCACUCGUGUGGCACCAUCGCCGCGCUCCUCCAGGAAAUCGUGAACAUUUACCCCUCGAUCAACCCCGCCACGCUGACGGCUCAUCAGUCCAACAGAGUGUGUAACGCCUUGGCGCUGCUGCAGUGCGUGGCCUCGCACGUGGAGACGCGCUCGGCGUUCCUGGCGGCGCACAUCCCCCUGUUCCUGUACCCGUUCCUCCACACCGCCAGUAAAACACGACCAUUUGAGUAUCUUCGCCUCACCAGCCUCGGAGUCAUCGGAGCACUGGUAAAGACAGACGAGCAGGAAGUGAUUAACUUCCUGUUGACGACAGAGAUCAUUCCCCUGUGCCUACGGAUCAUGGAGACGGGCAGCGAGCUCUCCAAAACGGUUGCAACGUUCAUUUUACAGAAGAUCCUGCUGGAUGACACGGGCCUGGCCUACAUCUGUCAGACCUACGAGAGGUUCUCUCACGUCGCCAUGAUCCUGGGGAAGAUGGUGCUGCAGCUGUCCAAAGAGCCGUCAGCUCGGCUGUUGAAGCACGUGGUGCGCUGUUACCUCCGGCUCUCCGAUAACUCCAGAGCGAGAGAAGCUCUUCGUCAGUGUUUACCGGACCAGCUGAAGGACACAACGUUCGCACAAGUGCUGAAGGACGACACGACUACAAAGCGCUGGCUCGCUCAACUCGUCAAAAACCUGCAGGAGGGACAGGUCACAGACCCGCGCGGCAUCCCGCUACCUGCCCAGUAACACAUUUCAUACAGGAACAGGGUCUCCUGCUCACAGGAAUCACACACACACACACACACACACACACUGAGCGGACUGUUCUCAUGUACAAGGGCACUUACACAUGAGUUACUUUGCCAACAUUUAAAAUGUUUAAUGUUGGUAUUAUUCCUUUUUGAAAAUGUUUGAGUAAACUCUGCUGGCAAAUGUCAAAUUAAAAUGUACUUGUGUUUUUCUACAUCGUCUAUGUGUGUGUGUGUGUGGAUCACUCACACACUCUCACACACACACACAGAGCAUCUUGUUAAGCACACAAUGUUUAAAUGCUGUAAAAUAAAAAGGAAUCACUGUGCUUGUCA